AGCUCCACACAAGAGACACCUUUGCACAAAAAAGCAGCUGAAAUUGAUUUGAUUCUUCUCCCUGUCAACAUGGAUGAGCGCAGGAUUGUUCUUCUUGGAAAAACUGGAACUGGAAAAAGCUCAUUGGCAAAGACCAUUAUUGGAGAAGACAUGUUUAAAGCUUCUGGGUCGUCAAAUUCUGUAACAAGUGAAUGUCAAAGUGAAACCAGAGAAGUUCAUGGCAGAAAGAUCACACUGGUUGACACUCCUGGAUUUUUUGACAACAAAAUGUGUGAAGAUGAUCUGAAAUCUGAAAUAACAAAAUGUGUCACUCUGAGUUCUCCUGGAGUUCAUGCUUUUCUCAUUGUUCUGAAAGUGGAAAGGUUCACUGAGAAGGAGAAAGAAGUUAUCAGUAAAAUAAAGAAAUUAUUUUCUAAGGAAGCUCUAAGAUAUGCAGUCAUCAUCUUCACUCAUGGUGAUCAACUGGAAGAUCAGAAGAUCGAGGACUUUGUGAAGGAAAAUCAUGAUCUGCGUAGUCUUGUGGAGGAAUGUGGAGGCCGCUGUCAUGUGAUGGACAACAGAUACUGGGACAAAGAGAGAAACAACGAGGAAGUGAAAAAGUUACUGAACACAAUAGAUAAGAUGGUGCAACAAAACAAUGGAGAAAUGUACACCAAUGAGAUGCUGGAACAAGUGCACGGUUGGCUCCAAAAAGUACAAAACAUCAUUCGAGCCUGGAUAAAAAAAAUAUUGGAGAGUGAGAAAGUAAAACGAGCACAGGGUUUUGUAUCCAAUGCACUCAAGAAUUUAUCUUGUAUAUCUACAGGAUUUUGUUAGGAGCCCUGCUUGGGAUUCAGAUGAUGAUUCUAAGAGUGUUGUGUAAACUAACAACACUUGCAGAUUAUUUAAAUGAUUUAGACCCUAAAAACUUCAAAGACAUGAGAGAUGGGUCAGAGGCAUUUGGUAGUCCAGCAAAUGAAGGUUUAGCAGAAGUUUCCCAAGAACCAACUGCUCCAGU